AUGCAUCCGACGAGGUCACAAAGCAGAAAACAAAAUGACUCCCCAAAAAACGAUUUUUACAAAAAUUAUGUUUAUUUAAUUUUUUUCUGUUUUUGGAUCUUAUUACUUCAUCUUGGAGGACUAUAUCUUUUCACGAGAGGAUUUCUGCUUACUAGAUUUGUUUUAGAUAAUCAUAGUGAAUGUUCAAAAUCACCAUUAUGGAAUGAUUAUAUAUUCAAUGAUAAUAGUGAUAAUAACGUAUAUAGUGUAAAGUAUAAUUAUCCAUGGCAAAAUACUGUAGCAGCACAAUUUAGACAAAAAGAUCAAAAACAAUCGAAUUUAGUUUCUAAUGGUUGUUGGUACCCAAAGACUUUUAAAAAAGCUGUGAUCAUAAUUAUUGAUGCGCUUAGAUUUGAUUUUGCAAUUCCUUAUCUAAAUAAACCAAUUGAGAAUCCUGUAAACCAUUAUUAUUUAAAUAAACUUCCCAUAUUUAAUCAACUUCUUACAACUCAACCAUCAAAUUCUUUAUUAUUUCAAUAUGUUGCUGAUCCACCUACAACCACUUUACAACGUCUAAAAGCUCUUACAACUGGAACUUUACCAACUUUUAUUGAUGCUGGUAGUAAUUUUGCUGGUUAUGCUAUCGAUGAAGACAAUUUAAUUUAUCAAUUUAGAAAUCUAGAUAUGAAAAUUGCCUUUAUGGGAGACGAUACUUGGAUUUCUCUAUUUCCUGAUCAAUUCGAUCAAAACAUGACUCAUCCUUUUCCCUCUUUCAAUGUUUGGGAUCUACAUACUGUUGAUAAUGGAAUAUUAAAUUUAUUGGGUCCAACAUUGAAACUGGGAAGUGUUCAUGAUUCUUCUCAAUGGGAUGUAUUAAUUGCUCAUUUCUUGGGCGUUGAUCAUUGUGGACAUCGUUAUGGACCUGAUCAUCAGGCUAUGGCUGAAAAAUUAGGUCAAAUGGAUGACAUGAUACGAAAUGUUAUUAGGGAUAUUGAUAAUAAUACUGUUGUGCUUGUUUUGGGUGAUCACGGUAUGGAUUCUAAAGGUGAUCAUGGUGGUGAUAGUGAUGAUGAAGUUGAAUCUACACUUUUCAUGUAUAGUAAGAAACGGUUAACACAUGACGCGACAAAUGUUCUUUCCAGGAUUUAUCAAAAAUUAGAUGCGAUCGAAUCUCAUGGUUCAAAGUCGUUUACCAAAAAGUUUGGAACUUGGAGAUCUAUUCCUCAAAUUGAUCUUGUUCCAACUUUGGCUCUCCUUCUGGGAAUUCCAAUACCAUUCAACAAUUUGGGUAUGAUAAUCCCUGAAGUGUUUCUUUUUAAUUCUGAAGAUUACGAUCUAAAUAUAAACGAUCAAUUAAUGAAUCUCUUGGACGUUACGCGUCUUAAUGCCGAACAGGUAUAUCGAUAUACCAUAGAGUAUUCGCUUCAACAACCAUCUACUGAAUUAUCAAAUGAUGCUAUUCAUGUUCUUCGAAAUAUGUUUGAAAAUGCUGAAGCAAAAUAUAAUUUAUUGAAGAAUUCUCCUGAUUCAUCACUACAUGAUGAUUUGGAAGAUGCAAUCGUACUUUACAUGAGUUUCCUAAAAAAUACUUUGUUUAUAUGUCGACGAUUGUGGGCUCAAUUCGAUUUAUAUCUGAUAAUAACAGGAAUUAGUAUCUUAACUUUAAGUUGUGUAUGUAUUGGUUUACAUAUUACACGAAACACAAAGAGUUCUAUCGUUAUCUACAAUCAAACAGCCGUUAUGUACGCGUUUAUUGGUGGAAGCUUGGGCAUUGUAUUCACUUUAGGAUUCAUCAGAUUUGUAGGACCGUUAAUAACAGAUUCUAGUCCCCAAACUUCUAAUCUUACAAUAUUUGGUGUCUCAUUUGG